AACACGAUGUGUGAAGAAGAAUAUAGUCGUGUGGUAUUGGAGGAUAUUUAAAGGAGAAAGCCAUUGUGAGCCGAAGCAAAUAUCGACUGUAACCGAUUGAAUGUCAACGUGUAUACAAUGUGUCAAUGUGUGAAGUGCGUGUUUGAGGUUAGAUCACUCGUUGAUGGACCACGUGCGGGUAAAUUUGUAUGGCGCGGACUUUAAAAAUGAACAAAGAGCAGAAAAAAAAGGAGAAAGUGAAGAUGAACGAGGAAAAAACAAAAAUGACACGUUCGAACGAAGGAGUGAAAGAAGCAUCGACUAUGAACGAUUUUCUUACUUCGUCGAAGAAUCCUCGGCAACGAAUCGAAUCACCCAUACAUUCCUCAAGCAACGACAGACCGGUGAAGAGCAGAGAGAGAAGAUACGUUUUGCAACGCAUUCGCGGGACACGUGAACCACCGAUGGAAAGGACAGCAGCGACAGCGAGAGAUGGUGGUGUCAAGCGAACGACAUACGAAUGUCAAAAUAGAGAAAGACAGAGAUGCCGGGCCGGAGGAGGUUGA